AUGCCUGCGAAGAAGCGAAUUUCCGGCGCGACAGCCGCCAAACGCUCGGCGCGGCCAAGUGCUGUUCAGGCUGGCGACCCUGUUCCCGUUCGCGCAAAGCGCCGUUACCGUCCUGGCACUGUCGCUCUUCGCGAAAUUCGACAUUACCAAAGCGGCACCAAGCUUCUCCUCCGAAAACUUCCAUUCGCUCGUCUUGUCCGAGAAAUCGCGUUGACGAUGCGUCCACGAGACGAAGGUCUGCGCUGGCAGAGCCAAGCCAUCAUGGCCCUUCAAGAAGCUGCCGAAGCCUUCAUGGUUCAUCUGUUUGAGGAUACCAACCUAUGCGCCAUCCACGCCAAACGCGUUACCAUCAUGCAGAAGGAUAUUCAGUUGGCAAGGCGGAUACGCGGCAUGUGGGGUGGACUGGGCUAA